AUGCCGGGCCGUGAGGGUGCCCAUUCGCCCGGACUUGGCGGGGACGACGAGGCGGGACGUCACGAGAAGGACGAAAACGAGGCAAAUGAGGCCAGGAGGCUGGGUCCACGCGGCAGUGGCGCUCACCAGUCGCCCGAGGGGGGAGAUGCCUCUAUUGCUACAGCGCAGCAUGACGGGGACACCGGCUGCUACCACACCGCGCGUAAGAAACCGGUGUGGCGACCGGUGUGUCGCUCGCCCGGACUUCAUUGCCCCCCUGCAACUGCAACGGGGGCGGGUGGGCGUUGGUGCCCAUCGAGAACAACAGGAGAAGAAGCCAAGCGAGGGCGAGAGGAGGACGCCGCGUCAAGGACCGCUGUAGGAAGUACAGGCAAGGCUGCCGGGCGGCUGCAGCAUGCGGUGACCCCCUCCCCUGCCUCGCCUAACCUCGCCUUGUCCACAACGGAUGCGUGCGUGCGUGGGGAGCAAGGCAAGGCCAGCGCACCGCCCGUCCCGAUCCCCCAAGGUAACAUCAGCUCCAGCUGCCUGGUCGCCCAUCUCCGGCCGCGAUGUUUCAAGGUACAGUACGGCGACGGAGCCCACAGCGAAGUGGCAACCCUGGCAGGAAUGUACUAUGUACUACUGUACGGGUUGGUGCAGCCGGGGGCCCAGGCGGACCCUGCCUGCUCGUCCCGCCGCAGUACCGGUUACGUGGUGGCUGCCACGCGGACAACCGCUCCCUCGGGUUGCUCAAGUCAGAUUGUGCCACAUCACCAUGGUGCCCGUAGGGGUUGA